GCCUGAGCUGCCGGUGACGGGGGAGGAGGCGGGGUGGGCAUGGAGAACUGUUGGGGUGUCCCGCUGAAUGCACCCGCCUGUAUGGAGAGGCACCUGGACACGCUUCAGUACCGAAAGGAUGGAGCUCUGUUACUUGGAGCAUCUACAUUGUCUGGGCGCAGUUGGUUGGGAUCUAUCUGGUUAUUCAAAGACCCACUCAAGGCUCCAAAUGAAGCAUUCUGCACAGUUGGUGUCCAAGCACAAGCAGGAGUGGUGGAUGCAUGUUGGGUUUCUGACAGAGAAAUCCUUGUAGCAUCUGAUUCUGGCGCUGUAGAGUUGUGGGAGGUGUCUGAGAGUGAAACUGCAAUGGUGAGCAAGUUCUGUAAAUAUGAACACGAUGACAUUGUUACCAAAGUGAGCUUGCUGUCCGGUGAAAAACAGGCAGUUAGCAGCAGUUUAGAUUGCAGCGUGAAGAUUUGGGAUCUAGAACAGAAGACAGUGGUGAUCUCUUACCAAGCUCAUUCAGGACCAGUGAUGUGUGUAUCUGCCUGCCCAAGCAAUGAAAACCUCUUCCUGUCUUGUGCUCAGGACAGGAGACUUUUACUAUGGGACAGAAGAAAUUCCAAACCAGCAUUGCGGAUUGAAGUGGGAUUAUUGCACUGUUCUGCAAGUACUGUUACGUGGCACUCACAGAAAGAACACGUCUUUGCUUUUGGAGCUGAAAAUGGAAUAGUUGGUGUGAAAAGCUUACAAAAACAGUCUGAUUCCAAUCAGACAUCUGCAGUACAUUCACGGACUGUUACUGGGUUGCAGUUUUCCUCACACAGCUCUCCCCUUUUGGCUUCUGUUAGUGAAGACUGUACACUAGCUGUCGUUGACAUCAACCUCUCAGAAGUGUUUAGGAAUAAAUCACACAAGGACUUUGUUCGCAGUGUAUGCUGGUCACCUCUGAAUUUGGAUCUCCUCAGUACUGCAGGAUGGGACCAUCAAGUUCUACAUCAUCCAAUUCGCUUAGAUAAGGACGCAGACACAGCAUGAGGAAAAGAUGGAAUAUUCGAAAUCCUACUUUUGUACCUUUUCUAUAACUAUGUUACAUCUUUGAAACUGUGCUCUGAGGAGAUGUAAUAACAGAGGUGUAUUGUUGGAAUACCCAGAUGCCAAAGUAGUCGUAGAGAAGAGGGGUGGGGGGAGGGACGGAAUUAUGUGGGGGAAUCACUCAGCACACUCCAAAUUUCUGCUUAUAUAAGUUACCAAUCUCACCAAAAUCUGUACCCAUACCCCAUCAAAAUCUACGAAUUUAUGCAACUGCCUAGUUCUACUCUGAAAGCAGUGUGAGAGUAAGAUAAUCAAGAUGUUUUAUCUCUUUUGCGUGCUUGUAAAAAUGAGAAUAGAUGUUCUCUAGAAUGUCAUGUGUUAGAAAUGGGUAGCCAACUGGACUUCUGAUAUUCAUAAUUCAGUGGCUUGCAAGAUAUUUUGGUAGCCUGGAGCUACAGGAUUACUGUGAAUUUUGAUCCCUACUACUAUGUUUCACAUUGUGUUUAGAAUGAGGAAGAA